AACAUUGGGUACCCAAGUAUAUUAGCCAUAAAUUACCCCAUCAUUGAUCUAGGGUAUAUAAAGACAACUGCAAAGUAGAGAGGAAACCUCGAAUUCUGAUCUGUUCGCUUCUAAUAGCUCGUCACCCCAACGCUAAAGGGGCCUUCGAGAUGGCGGGUCAAGAAAAACCACGUAUAAUAUUAGGCCUUAUGGUCAUUGGGCCUGAGGGAAGCCCUGGAACGCGCAUGACAGGUUUAGACAACUUGAAGCAAGCCUUCGAUAUAUUUCAAGCACGUGGUUAUAAGGAGCUCGACACUGCCCGUAUUUACAUCGGGGGAGAACAAGAAGGAUAUACGAGACAAGCAGGAUGGAAGGAAAGAGGCUUCACUAUAGGUACGAAAAUAUGGCCGCUCCCUCCAGGUUCGCACAAACCGGAGGCGUUGAUAGAAGCUUUCGAGACUUCUCUUAAGGAGCUUGGGACGGAUUCAAUUGACAUCUUCUACCUCCAUGCUCCUGACCGUUCAGUCCCAUUCGCAUCCACGCUCGCCGCGGUAGAUAAACUGCACAAGGCAGGCAAAUUCUCGCGGUUCGGGUUAAGCAACUAUGCUUCCUUCGAAGUAGCCGAAAUAGUCAUGACGUGUAAACAGAACAACUGGGUGCGCCCGACAGUUUAUCAAGCGCUCUAUAAUUGCCUUUUCCGGAACAUCGAAGACGAGCUUAUCCCUACUUGUCGCCGGUACGGCAUCGCCAUCGAUGUUUACAGCCCGACCGGUGGCGGGUUCUUACUCGGCCGUAUUACGUCUAAGGAUGACGACCCGAAGGAAGGACGGUAUGCAGCCGGGCCGUAUCAACAUCUAACAAGAGGUCGAUAUUUCCGCGACGGAAUUAUCGAGGGAGCACGCUUAAUCCGCGAAGCCGCCGAGGCGCGGGGGCUUAAUCCGCUCGAGAUAGCAAUGCGCUGGCUUGUUCAUCACUCAAAGCUUCAAGUUAGGGAUGGAGGCGACGGAGUCGUGGUCGGCUUCUCCAACUUGCAGCAGUUGAAGGAUAAUCUUGACUAUCUCGAAAAGGGACCGUUAGACUCUGAGUUGCUUGAAGUUUUGACCCAGGCAUGGAGAGCUUCUAAAGGAGAUAUGGACGUUUAUUGGCAAAUGCCAAUGGUGUACACCUACGAUACGAAGGAAGUGCUCUUCGGGCACACAGACAAAUAAAGGGACCUCACGAGUUUAAUGCACCAUUAGGUGCCAUUAUGUACUCAAAUUAUGAUAUUUUACUCUUGUCAUGAUGAGACUCCGAUGCCUUUAUAUCAUAUUCCUAGGCUGCUUCGUGUUUUCUGGUUUGGAGUGGGCGGCGGAGGUAAUGCUAUAAGACAUCUUAGAUAUUCGGAGGAAGGUUAUGA